AUGUUAUUAUGCACGGGUAAUUAUUUGCUUUUUUUCCCCUUAGUUGCCUCGCUGUUAUCUUGUCUUCAUCAACUGAAACACGAAAAUGUCAAACUGGAAGCACGGCUUACUGAUUUGGUCAAACGUCGUGAUCAUUUGUUGUUGGUAAAUUCCCGCUUAUCCAAACCAUCAAAUUUGUCUGCGGCGAGCUCUCCCUCCUUGACUCAAGAUGUAAAGAGAGCUGAAAUCGCUUCGCCGAACGUUCUUGAAAGUUCGAGAAAUUCAAGUUUGGAAAGAAAUAACCAAGCACUUUCUGGGAAAUCUCCAGAGAAUGGCCCGUCCGAGGUGGAUGCGUUGCCAAAAGAUGGACAGGAACAAACAGCAAAACAACAAGAUCUGAAAAUUCAAUCACAAACUAAAGAACAGUUAACGACGAAGAAAGAACAACAACAGCAACGACAACGAACACAUUCAGAUCUUCCGCAAACGGUAAAGGAAAGUUCACAACAGAUACUCGACAAGAAAAGUCCUAUCAAAGUAGAUACACCACCGAACAUCGACGAACGAUUACGUGAGGCAGCAUCAAGUCCACCACGAGGAAACAAAACUACAGCCGAAGGAAAAUUGGCAACUGUCUCGCUAUCUAGCAUCGCAGGAGAACGUCCACCGAACCGACAGUCACCAAAAAGUCGAAAAUCUCCGCAAGGUGGCGGCGGGAAGAAAAUGAAAUCGCAAGAACAGUUGUUGCAACAGGAACAUCAGAAAAUUAUGCAACAACAGCAUCAACAGUUGAAACAACAACAACUAAACCGACAAAAGUUUCAACAAUCUCAUUUAUUACCGGUGGGUUUUCACGAAAUUUUUAUGAGAUCUUACGUUUUCUACCUACCAUCCUGGACAAAACAUCCGCGACACUACUAAAUAUCUCGUCAACUCUCGUAAUAUUAUCGCAAAUUUGGAACCUCUCCCUUACGUCCGCCAUUUAAUGUUCCAUUGCAUUCCUAGAAUACGGUUAAAGCGAUUGCAAUACGUCCAACAUUAUUUUGGAGGGCGGAGGGAGGAUAAGGAGUAAAUAAUUAAUAGAGUGUCGCUGAUGGUUUUGACCAGGAUCAUAGGUGUAUUAAUGUCGUACAUACUGAAUCACAGUUUUCGGACUGUUGUAAGUAAAUGGUUGUAAAAUAAACAUGAAUAAACCUUUCCAAAAAAGACGUCACUUUAUGUACAGAGCCUCGUUUUCGCGUAUGCGAGAUUACUUAAAGCUAUCAAUCACGAAGACGACGUCUUAUAACCAUGGUUACGUACUUUCCUGAAGCGUGUAUUACAUAUGCCUUUCUGAUUGUUUUGCCUGCAAUGGAAUUUGCCUUUUACAUUUCAUAUUUGGUCCACCUUUUAUUGUCACAUUGCAGCAACAGUAUAAGAUCGCAUCCGUACAGCAGGUCACAGUGAAAAAUUUGAUAUGUAAAGACGUUCAAAUAUUUGAAAAUGUUUUCUCAUAAAUACUGUGAGUUCAAAAGGAUAUUCGAUCCAGUUCGAUCCAGGUCUAGUUUAUAGAUCAGUGCAUUUUAAGGAAGGAGGAGAAUGAUUGGUACCUUCGAUUGUAUUAUUCAUUUCUGAUUUAUAUUUCAUCCAUUAGCUCCAGCAAGGUAACCAGCAAUUCAACCAACACUUCGCACAUCAAAAUUCUCAACUGGCAUUUUUCAAGUUGCCUGGUUACAACGGCUCGGAACAACACGCGAUGCAUCAGGCUAAACAAGGUCAAAUGAAUGGCAGUCCUCAGCAAUAUAACAGUCAGUCACUUUCCAGACAAUUCGCUAACUUUGUUCCGUACAUGGAGCCUAGCAGUAUACACAAUGUUCGCAUGCAGGGAUAUAUGCCUGUCUAUCCUGUGGAGAACCCGUUAAACAAAGUAAGUGUUCAACUCUUAUAGUUUUUCUAACCAAUGUCACCUUAGCAAUUUACUCUGUCUGACAGUCGGUCUGGAAACACUAAAUCGUGGAGAUUUUGUACUUCUCAUAUUAUGUUAAAUAAAACUGCAUUCGGUGAUUGGUUGCACUUUUUAUAAUCCCAAGUCAAAAGUAUUACAUGGCUUUUUAUCUCAUACAAUAUAAUCGCUAUUCGCUACUAAUUUUCAAAUUUCUCAUCACUCGACUUUGUUUAGCUUUUCUGGUACGUUUAUACGCGUUUUUAGCCUGCUUACAGUUAAGUUUAUUACUUUUCUUGCCAUAUAUAAUAUAAUAUGUAAUAUCAAUGUAAAUUACAAAUGUGGAUAGCAAGAUACUUUGUUGUAGCGAAUAGUUCGCUACAUUUUUGAAACUGCAGCUGUAGUCAGUAGCGGGCUACACUUUUUGACAAGUAGCAGUGGUUGUAGCUGCAUGACUACAUUAAUAAAAGUUUUGUUGUCAACCCACCCUUGAGAAAAAGUCCUUGAAUGUCCUGCAGGAAUUCUGGAUUUUCACUGAAGCGUGGAAACCCUGUAUACUACACAUCUAUUCCCGUGAUAUAUGUAAUUAUUCCCGCAUCUGUAGAAAUGCAUGUUUCAGCGUCCAACGCCUCGUAGACACGAGCUUGUUCUCACAAAGCGCAUGUGGUACAACACGAUGACAUCUUCGCAUCCACAUGGGUGAAAUGUGACCAUAAUGCUCUAGUGACCACAAGGGAAGUGACCUUCCGCUAUCGCUAAUGGACAUCCAUUAACUCUAUUCAACGCCAAAGUGAAGGAGUGUAUAAAAACGUGUUUCGCUGUUGCUAACCAUAACGCGAUUUUUCUAUAUAUCAUGCGUACGAUUUUAUCUCAUAUCAAGAUUAAUUUUUGUUGCAAUUUAGGUGAUGGAAGAGAAGAUGGACAGCUCGGCAGGCAUGGACAAAACCGAAAGGAGAAAUUGA